UUCGCAGUACAGAUCAUACUGAAUCCAACAGUGUUCUAGAACAGCCACAGCUAGUUCUUAACGUUGUGUUUUAUUUUUCAACAGUGUUCUAUUACUACUCACCGUUCAAUUUGAAAAUGGCGUUCAUACAGUGCACACUCGCUGCUCUCCUGUUGCACGUAGCUUGUGGAAGCUACUUGGCUCACCGCGCUGCCGCUUACCACGGCGGUGCACCCGCUGCGAUCGGUUACCACCACGGCGGCUCACCUGCCGGUUACCUUCACCACGGUUAUGACGAGGCCCCGUCCUACGACUACGCUGCGUAUCCGGCAUACUCGUCAGCCAGCACCUACCAAGCCGACUACCCCAGCUACUCUUCGAAACCUGUCGACUACUACUCGCCGCCCAAGUACUCAUUCAACUACGGCGUGAAGGACUAUCACACCGGCGAUGUCAAGGAUCAAUGGGAAGAGAGGGACGGUGACGUUGUCAAGGGUGAAUACAGCUUGGUCGAACCGGACGGCACCACACGCAAAGUCACGUACACCGCUGAUGACCACAACGGUUUCAACGCGGUCGUACACAAGUCCGGCACUGCCCAUCACCCGACCAAGGUCGCCCACGCACCAGUCUACCAUCACGCUUACCGUCGUUAAGACCAAUCAAUACACGAAUCGACCGAAUCGACCAAAAGUUAAACCAUCGUUACCAUACGUUAUAUUAUUAAGUAUUAUUUUUUAGGCAUACGUUUCGUUCAUAAGCGUACAACGUUAAUACAUACUCGUAGUAUAUUAUAUAUAUAUAGCAUAUAAAAGUAGAAUUUUUAUCCCCAUACCAAAUCAAAAAAAUAUAUAAAUAAUACAGAUGUCGAUAGGAGGUACCUUUACUGUAUUCAAUUUCUUUUUCUAAAGUUUCGUACGAAAAUCUUAGUAUGUUCUAAUAUCUCACGCUGUAUACUUUAACGAGUCUCUUGGCGUCAACUUUACAAAACAAACAUUCUGAUUCUUUUUGUUUCUACCCGUUGCUUUUCGCUAAAGUAUACAAAAUUUUAAUA